UUCGUUUCCUUCAACUUCACCUGACGUUUUUUUGGACAGGUGGCGUUCAUCAUGCAGAUCGUCGUCGUUCCAGUCCUACAUGACAACUACUCGUACCUCCUGAUCGAUGAGCAGACGAAAAUGUGCGCCGCUAUCGAUCCCGUUGAACCUACGAAAGUCCUCCAAGCUGCCCAGGACCACGACGUGUCCAUCUCGAUCGUUCUCACAACACAUUCUCAUGCGGACCACGAUGGCGGCAACACGGAGAUGAAGCGACUCUUGCCUGAAGUCGUCGUUGUUGGUGGUCGAAAUGACAAUGUCCGAGGAGUCACUCGCGAAGUGGACGAUCAAGAAAUCGUUCGCGUGGGGGCGUUGCAGGUGCGUGUGUUGUCGACCCCGUGUCACACCCCAGGACAUGUCUUGUAUCUAUGCGAAGACGCGCUAUUCACGGGCGACACGUUGUUCAUCGCAGGAUGUGGACGAUUCAACAGUGGCACACCGGAGCAAAUGCAUUACGCAUUGAACACUGUAAUCGCCAAGCUGCCACGAUCCACGAAGGUGUAUUGCGGCCACGAAUACGCGACCAACAACUUGCGUUUCGCUGUCGCCGUCGAGCCAGAAAACUGGGCAAUUCAUGCCAAGCUGGAAUGGUCCCAGACCGUUCCAUCCACAAUUCCAUCGACCAUUUCGUCCGAACUCGACACGAAUCCGUUCAUGCGAGUCGAUGUUCGUGCUGUGCAGAAGUACGCGGGCAGUGCCGACCCCAUCACGGUCAUGGCGAUCUUGCGGGAGCGGAAAAACUCCUUCGGGCUGGGGGCUGGUGUCACCAAAUAAAACCACCUCCCCACCCAUCUAUAUUUCACAUAACGUGUGCUGCAUUAGUACUGAGACUAGCACGCCGCUUAAGUUGAGAAUGCUUUCUUUGUGUCAA